AUAAGAAGGUGAGCACGAAAUCCAACAGUGUGCUGGUUCAGACAGGCAGUCUGCCUCUGAAUCCCGAGAGAGGAACUUAGCAUCGAGGGAAUUAUUACUGAUAUUUCAAACUCAGUUUUUAAAAGAGGAACAAAGUCUGUCCUAGGUAGAUGAAGCUAUUUGUGGAAAUGGACUAGAACCUCAGGAAUAAUGAUGUAUUUGUGGCCUUGGACGUGAAGCAGUCGGUCGGUCUCCUGUGCUGUUAACGUGGCGUCGGGGACUGAUGUGGUGGGAAGCAUGGACCUGAUGAACGGGCAGGCAAGCAGUGUGAACACCGCUGCCACUGCUUCCGAGAAAAGUAGCAGUUCUGAAUCAUUAAGUGACAAGGGCUCUGAAUUGAAGAAAAGCUUUGAUGCUGUGGUAUUUGAUGUUCUUAAGGUUACACCAGAAGAAUAUGCGGGUCAGAUAACGCUAAUGGAUGUCCCAGUAUUUAAAGCCAUUCAACCGGAUGAGCUUUCAAGUUGUGGAUGGAAUAAAAAAGAAAAAUAUAGUUCUGCACCAAAUGCAGUUGCCUUCACAAGAAGAUUUAAUCAUGUAAGCUUUUGGGUUGUUAGAGAGAUUCUUCAUGCUCAAACAUUAAAAAUUAGAGCAGAAGUUUUGAGCCACUAUAUUAAAACUGCUAAGAAACUGUACGAGCUGAAUAACCUCCACGCUCUCAUGGCGGUGGUUUCUGGCCUGCAGAGCGCCCCAAUUUUCAGGUUGACGAAAACGUGGGCGUUAUUAAGUCGAAAAGACAAAACUACCUUUGAAAAAUUAGAAUAUGUAAUGAGUAAAGAAGAUAACUACAAAAGACUCAGAGACUAUAUAAGUAGUUUAAAGAUGACACCCUGCAUUCCCUAUUUAGGAAUCUACUUGUCCGAUUUAACGUACAUUGAUUCAGCGUACCCGUCAACUGGCAGCAUUCUAGAAAGUGAGCAAAGAUCAAACUUGAUGAAUAACAUCCUCCGAAUAAUUUCUGAUUUACAGCAGUCCUGUGAGUAUGAUAUCCCCAUGUUGCCUCACGUCCAAAAAUAUCUGAACUCUGUUCAGUAUAUAGAAGAACUACAAAAGUUUGUGGAAGAUGAUAAUUACAAGCUUUCAUUAAAGAUAGAACCAGGGACAAGCACACCGCGCUCUGCUGCUUCCAGGGAAGACUUAGUAGGUCCUGAGGUGGGAUCUCCACAGAGUGGAAGAAGGAGCGUGGCGGCCGAAGGGGCCCUGCUGCCACAGACACUGCCGUCCCCGCGGAGCCUGAUCCCACAUGGCCACAGGAAGUGCCACAGCUUGGGUUACAAUUUCAUUCAUAAAAUGAACACAGCAGAGUUUAAGAGCGCAACGUUCCCAAAUGCAGGGCCAAGGCAUCUAUUAGACGACAGCGUCAUGGAGCCCCACGCACCAUCUCGAGGCCAAGCUGAAAGUUCUACUCUUUCUAGUGGAAUAUCAAUAGGUAGCAGUGAUGGUUCUGAACUAAGUGAAGAGACCUCAUGGCCUGCUUUUGAAAGGAACAGAUUGUACCAUUCUCUCGGCCCGAUGACACGAAUGGCACGAAAUGGCCAUCGAAGCCACAUGAAGGCCAGCAGUUCUGCAGAAUCGGAAGAUUUGGCAGUACAUUUAUACCCAGGAGCUGUUACGAUUCAAGGUGUUCUCAAGAGAAAAACUUUGUUAAAGGAAGGCAAAAAGCCUAAAGUAGCGUCUUGGACAAAAUAUUGGGCGGCUUUGUGUGGAACCCAACUUUUUUACUACGCUGCCAAGUCUCUGAAGGCGACAGAAAGAAAACAUUUCAAAUCAACAUCGAAUAAGAACGUAUCUGUGGUGGGAUGGAUGGUGAUGAUGGCUGAUGACCCGGAGCAUCCCGACCUCUUCCUGCUCACGGACUCGGAGAAAGGAAAUUCAUACAAGUUUCAGGCGGGCAAUAGGAUGAACGCGAUGCUGUGGUUUAAGCAUCUGAGUGCCGCCUGCCGAAGCAACAAACCACAGGUUCCUACAAACUUGAUGACUUUCGAGUAAGAGCCGAAGGAAGAAGGGAGGUGAACUGCUGCCCCAGCGUGCGAGCAGGGACCUGGUGGGCGAGCGCCAGCUAAUCACCAGCCCUGGCGGGGGCGCCCGGAGCUUCCAUCCCAGCCUCCGGAGUUCUGAACCAAAAAGCACUCAUUCCGGGGAGUGACGCGAGACAUUCCCAGAGAGCCAAUCGGAGGUGCGAAACAAACUGCCAUGGACCAUGCUCAUCUCUGAACUGACCUGUGGAAACCACUGCCUUAAAAGAACGAAAGGAAAACCAACACAAUACACCAAAUAGUGUGUGUGAAUCUCCUGGCGGUGCUGUGCUUGGAAUAGAUCAUAGCUUAUUU